AUGUCGACUGGAUCGUCAAACAGAAGUUCAUUGCCGUCUCCUCGAAGUAGUCUUCUUCUUCCCUCCACCGUGGUCAUCGUUGUUGGGACGAUCGUGGCGUUGACUUAUCAGUCAAUAUUAAUACCUCCUCCGCCGAAGCUAUGUGGCUCCCCCGGAGGUCCACCGAUCACAGCACCGCGGAUAAAGCUCCGAGACGGGAGAAAUCUGGCGUACAAAGAGCAUGGACUUCCGAGAGAGAAAGCUCGCCGCAAAGUCAUCUUCAUCCAUGGAUCCGAUUGUUGUCGACACGAUGCUAUUUACGCCACUCUCCUCUCUCCGGAUUUAGUGGAGGAACUUGGCAUGUAUAUGGUUUCGUUCGACAGACCGGGUUACGGAGAGAGCGAUCCGGAUCCAAAUCGAACUCCACGGAGCUUGGUUUUAGACAUUGAAGAGCUCGCUGAUCAAUUGAAUCUUGGAGCGAAGUUCUACGUGCUUGGGUAUUCAAUGGGAGGACAAGCAACAUGGGGAUGCCUUAAAUACAUCCCUCACCGGUUAGCCGGAGUGACGCUUGUUGCUCCGGUGGUUAACUAUUGGUGGAAGAACUUACCUUUGAAUGUUUCCACUCAAGGUUUCAACUUGCAACCAAAAAGGGAUCAGUGGGCGGUUCGUGUGGCUCACUAUGCUCCUUGGCUCAUCUAUUGGUGGAACACACAAAAGUGGUUCCCGGGUUCGAGUGUAUCAAACCGAGAUCGCAGUAUCUUGUCACAGCCGGAUAAAGAUAUCAUUUUGAGGCUGGGUUCUUCGAGGAAACCGCAUUUGGCAGAGAUAAGGGCGCAAGGAUCACAUGAGAGUAUGAACCGUGACAUGAUUGUGGGGUUUGGAAGCUGGGAAUUUGAUCCUAUAGAUCUCGAGAACCCGUUCUUGAACAACCAAGGCUCUGUUCAUCUGUGGCAAGGAAAUGAGGAUAUGUUGGUGCCUGUGACGAUGCAGCGUUACAUUGCGCAGAAGCUUCCAUGGAUUCACUAUCAUGAGGUUCCGGAAAGUGGCCACUUCUUCCACUACAAUAAAGGUGUGGUUGAUGUCAUUGUAAAGAAGCUCUUAACAACCGAUGCUGAGAAUUAG